UUGCGUCUGUGCGACGGCACCGUGGGCGGCGGCGGUGGCGGUCGUUGACUUGGGUGCUUAGGCGGGACACCGCUGUGGUGGGGUGGCUGUGUAGGUGGUAGACCCCGUCUUCUCUCUCUCUCUCUUUUAUUCCAUCUCUCCCACCACCUGCCACCUACCAUACACCUAUCCAUCCGCUACGCCCACGCCCACUCCGCCGACGACAACAAUGCCAACCACAACCACAACCACAUCACCCACACUCGCGACCCUCCCAGCAGACAUCCUCCUCCUGCUCCCCGCCCACCUCGCCACCAUAGAAGACCACCUCGCCCUCAGCGCCACGAGCCGCCGUCUCCGCGCCGCGCUCGCCCACACCUCGCCCCGCGCCCUGCUGCGCCUGUGCGCCGCGUCGUCAAGCGUCUUUUUUCGCCCCGCGCCGGGGCUGCUGGUUGCGGCUUGUGCGGGGGAGCUGGCGGCCUGGGCGGCGCAAACGCCUACCCGAGCACACGAUCUCCGGAAUGCGUUUCGGGGCGGGAUGGAAGGGCUGCUAGAGCUGUGCGUGGCCGUCUGCGGCCUCAGCAUGGAGCGCAUACGCUGGGUGGCGGGGCUGCGCUUCGGUGUCCUUAACAUUGUAGGCGAUCUCGUCGACAAGUGCGUCGGCGCGCAAUGGUACACGACGCCGCGGUUCUGGAACGGCGGGGUCAGCGACGCGUGGACGCUGCACGCCGAGCCCAGCGCCACAGUGCUGCACAUGGCGGUGUACGGCAGCCUGUUCGGGGGCGCUUUAAUACGGGCCAUUAUCCACGGGACGCCCGUCCCCGCCUCCGCGGCCCUCGACGCCCGCCUCGACUACAUCAAGUACUGCGUCCCGGACUGGGCGUGCUUCGCCACGCAGAACAGAGCGUGGGGCGCCGUCGACAGAAGCCCGCUCCCCCGCCGCAGAGUCGAUCCCGUGGGCCCGUAUGCGGAUGGCGCGGACGCCGUCUGUGGCACUGAGACGCACCAGCUUGCGCUCGCGCAUCUGCUGCGCAGUCGGCGCUGGCGCGGCGAGUGGAGCGUCCGUGUGCGUACGGCUUUGCAAGGCGGUGUCCCUUGGGAGCGGACGAAGAAGCCGCUGUCCUGGCGGCAGCUGCUGUGGGAGCAGGCGGUGGUGUGGGGACGGGGGCUGGAAGGGCUGGCGUUUUUGGCGGGGGAGGAGGGGGCGGGGAAAGAAAGAGAGCAAGGAGUGAGCGAGGCGGAUAAAGCGUGGUUGCGCGAGGUGCGCGCGGGGAUCAGCCGUCUAGAGCGGGAGCCGGAGAGAGCCGUCGUCGGGCGCCAGGUUACGUGGGAGCAGUGGCCGUGGCUGGCGGGCGAUUUGGCGGUUUGCACGAGUGGCUAUGUCUGUGGGACGUAGUGGGUGGGCGGGCAGGUGGACCGGGGGGU